AUGUAUACGGACUAUGAAGGAGAGCCUGAUAUGGCCACAAGUGCGAUAGACUAUGGGAAUGGCAGUGUUAGGAAGGACGGCGUUGCAGGAAUCAUGCAGGCCGCCGAAACUUAUUCCAAAAUUGGCUCCGGAAAAACGUCUGACAGAACUGAAGGAGACUACAAAGACAGAAGAUCAUGUAGCAUGAAGGACAGCCAUGCAAGCAAGCAAACAGCGUUUCAAAAAGGAUUCAGCACGAUUGACCAUAUUCACGCUGUUUCGAGACUCAUCGAGGUAUCACGAGAGUACAAGAUGCCACUGUGUCUCGAUUUCCUCGAUUUAGAGAAGGCCGUUGAUUCAAUUGAGACUGAAAGGAUCUUGGAACUUUCGGACAACCAAAGAGUCCCCACGCAGUACAUAAAGGUUGAUAUAAUUCCAUCCAAAAUGUUUGCAGCCGGUCUCGGGAACGCAAUGCCGAAAGUUGGAAUGGAUAACAUGGGAAUGAAGGUGGAUGGUAACUACAUCAUAUUCGUUUCGCUCAUGAACUCGUUCUGA